GCCAACCGCCGUAAAACACACGAAGAAGGUUUUUGGUUUCCUUGGCAGCGGGAGGAGGAGCUUGCUGCCUUGGGUUUGUUUGCUUGCUGUGCCACAUCGCACAACGGUGAUAGCGGUUUAAACAGGCCCCGUGGCCAUGGCUAAAGACCCGUUAGCCGAGGCAGGCUUUUAUUUUGAUGAACUCAACAAGCUACGGGUACUGGAGCCUGAUGUCAGCCAGAAAACCUCAGAGCUCAAGGAAGAGUGUAAAGAAUUUGUGGACAAAAUUGGCCAGUUCCAGAAGAUAGUGGGAGGUCUAAUUGAGCUGGUGGAUGAAUUGGCGAAAGAAGCGGAGACAGAAAAGAUGAAGGCAAUUGGAGCCAGAAACCUGCUGAAGUCCGUGGCAAAGCAAAGAGAGGCUCAACAGCAGCAGCUUCAGGCUCUCAUAGCCGAGAAGAAGAUGCAACUUGAGAGAUAUCGUAUUGAGUAUGAAGCCUUGUCCAAGGUGGAGUCAGAGCAGAACGAGUUUAUCGACCAGUUUAUUCUGCAGAAGUGAGGAUGUGACUGAGACAGCAAAAAAAAAAAAACUACGACAUCUGUACGACCAUUUCCAGAGUGCCUGUCCUGUUUUCUCUGAGCGAGGCCCACUUCAGAGAAAUACUUUGCUGCAACUGUUUUCCCCGAAGCAAUCCCAAAGCUACAACAUCAUCCUUAAAAAAUAUCCACCUCCUUUCUCCAUCUUAUUUCUGACGUGUGUGUGGGUGUGGGUGUGUGGGUGUGGCAACCGACAGCUGUUUACUGUAGUUGUUUUCCACCCUGGUCAGCAGGUGGGAUGAUUGAAGAGUGCUGGACGCGUGUAUAUUUGGAACAUUAAGUCCUGUUCACACCAAAUGUCUCAACAUCAAUAUCUCAGACCAACCUCAAAGCAGAUGGAGCUAUUUAUACAAGUAAAUAUUAUUUAUACUAUUUAUACUGGAAAAAAAUGACUCUGUAUAUCUAGUUUUAUUACGUUUUGUAUCAAUUUAAAUACUGCAUGUGCAUGCAUCUGUAUAUACAUUUAUAAGAUAGAAGUUGAUCCUGAUUUGAUCAUCUGUGUUGGUAUGUUUGCUUAUAUUUCAUUCUUCUGGUACAACCAGUCAGUGGGCAUAGCACAUGAGGAAUAGACGGUCCUUUUUCUUCUUUCUGUAUGUAAUGUGUGUCAUUUUCUUUAAUGUAUUAAUUAAGAUGACAAAUGGUUAUACUUGAAUAAAUCCUGUAUUGUAUUGCACAAUAAAA